AUGGAGGGAGACCCAUUAAGAAACCUCUAUAAGGAGAUACAUGAAUGUUUUGAAGAGAAACUUCUCAGAGUUGCAAGUGUAUUCACCCAGAGUUACAAAAUUGGAAAUAGUCAGAAGCCCAUCAAGAAGUGGAUACUCACACCAGCAGAAGCUAUCUCUUAUCAAACAACUACAUCAUACUCUGUGGAAAUAUCAAUAAACUCAGAAGAAAUCACAAGGUUCAUAGAAGCAUACAAGAAGGACUCCCAUUUUAAGCAAGUGAUGGAAGAGUUCCAAUUGCACCACAAUCCACUCAAUCCACCCUUCCAUCAAUACCAGAUAGGAGAUAAUGGAUUGAUCUACUUCAUAGACUCUCAGGAAAAGUACUGGCUAUGCAUACCUAAGGAUCUACAAGUAGAAAUCUUGAAGGAAAACCAUGAUAACCUCAAUCAAGGAGCACAUGCUGGUUAUGCUAAGACAUAUCAUCAAAUUGCUUCUGUUUACUAUUGGCCUAAGAUGGCUAGAAGCAUUCAGAAAGGAUUCCUUCAACCUUUGCCUAUUCCACAACAGCCUUUUGAAGUAGUAUCAAUGGACUUCAUCAUGGAUCUUCCACUAAGUAACAACUACAACGCUAUUCUAGUUAUUGUGGACAAACUAACUAAGUAUGGACAUUUCAUCCCAUGUACCACUCUGUCACAACUCAGCUCAGACCUAUGGUACAAGAGGGGCUUAGAAUCCGUGGCCCUAUCACCAAUGGACUAUGAUACUGGGUAG